CCUCGUCUCUGGAGCCCACGGAGCAGCAACGCCCCUCACUAUAAAUCCAGGGGUUCCUCCUUGCCGAGGAUCCCCGCGCCUGACAGCCAGACCCCAGGCAGCAGCGAGCGACAGCGCGCCUGGGCGGGCGCGCGGCUGGCAGCUGUGCCCGGCCUCCCGCGGUCUUCGAGGAGCGGCGGGCGCGGCCCCGGGCGGUGAGGGCGCACGGCCGGGUCGCAGAGGCGGCGGGCGGGAGGGAGCCAACGCCAGCGCAGCGGGCUCCGGACACGACGUGGCCUGGGGACUGCGGGGGCGGAGGUGCUAAGUUUCGUGUCCCGCUGUCUUAUCUGCUGGCUCUGCGCUAGGAGGUUUCCGGGGACCAAGGAGAAAGAGACCACCUCCGAGCUGGCUGCCCGUCCCCACAUCAGAUAAGAAGACCAGGAAAAAUAUACAACAAAUCUUAAAAUCUUUUGAGAGGUUUGAUAUGUGAUAAAUUGGUCAAAAAUGGCUGGGUUCUUGAUCUGAAUAAGUCACUGAAGCCAUCUCAGAACGUCUGCACCAGGUGCAUUUGGUAUAGUGUCUGAGAUAAAUUCAACCCAGGAGAUCAAAAUGAUUCUCAACUCUUCUACCGAAGAUGGUAUUAAAAGAAUCCAAGAUGACUGUCCCAAAGCUGGAAGGCACAAUUACAUAUUUGUCAUGAUUCCUACUUUAUACAGUAUCAUCUUUGUGGUGGGAAUAUUUGGAAACAGCUUGGUGGUGAUAGUCAUUUACUUUUACAUGAAACUGAAGACGGUGGCCAGUGUUUUUCUUUUGAAUUUAGCACUGGCUGAUAUAUGCUUUCUACUGACUUUGCCACUCUGGGCUGUCUACACUGCUAUGGGAUAUCGCUGGCCCUUUGGUAAUUACCUAUGUAAGAUUGCUUCAGCCAGUGUCAGUUUCAACCUCUAUGCCAGUGUGUUUCUACUCACGUGUCUCAGCAUCGAUCGCUACCUGGCUAUUGUUCAUCCAAUGAAGUCCCGCCUUCGACGCACAAUGCUUGUAGCCAAAGUCACCUGCAUCAUUAUUUGGCUACUGGCUGGCUUGGCUAGUUUGCCAGCUAUAAUCCACCGAAAUGUAUUUUUCAUCGAGAACACCAAUAUUACAGUUUGUGCUUUCCAUUAUGAGUCCCAAAAUUCAACCCUCCCUAUAGGGUUGGGCUUAACCAAAAAUAUUCUGGGUUUCCUGUUUCCUUUUCUGAUCAUUCUUACAAGUUAUACUCUUAUUUGGAAGGCCCUAAAGAAAGCUUAUGAAAUUCAGAAGAACAAGCCAAGAAAUGAUGAUAUUUUUAAGAUAAUUAUGGCAAUUGUGCUUUUCUUUUUCUUUUCCUGGGUUCCCCACCAAAUAUUCACUUUUCUGGAUGUGUUGAUUCAGCUGGGCAUCAUACAUGACUGUAAAAUUGCAGAUAUUGUGGACACUGCCAUGCCCAUCACCAUUUGCAUAGCUUAUUUUAACAAUUGCCUGAAUCCUCUUUUUUAUGGCUUUCUGGGAAAAAAAUUUAAAAAAUAUUUUCUCCAGCUUUUAAAAUAUAUCCCCCCAAAAGCCAAAUCCCACUCAGGCCUUUCAACAAAAAUGAGCACGCUUUCCUACCGCCCCUCGGACAAUGUAAACUCAUCCACCAGGAAACCUGCGCCAUGUUUUGAAGUCGAAUGACAUGUUUGAAACCUGUCUGUGAAGUCAUCUUGUGAAAGAAGGAGCAAGAGAAACAUUCCUCCACAGCGCUUCGCUACCCAAUGAGCAGUAGCUACUUUUCAGAAUCAAGAAGAAAAUGGAUUACACGGACUGAACCAACUUUUCUAAAGCUCUGAACAAAAGCUUUAGUUUCUCUUUGCAACAAAAUUAAGUAAAGCCACAUUUUGCCACAUUUUGCAUUAGAUAGCUGAUGGCUGCUCGAAGAACAAUGUCAGAAACUGGAUGAAUGUAUUGGUUUGGGAAUUUUUACUGACAAAAAUGCAAUCCCCUAGUCUGCUCUUGGCCUGUUAUUUUUGAUUUCCGCAUAAAAGGUUUUAGAAUAUGUUAAGCCUUUAGAGGAGCAACAGGAGGUCAGAGUUCAAGAUUGUUCUGCCCAGUAGUCAAAGGACAGUAAAGCUUUUGUGCCUGUUUCGCUGUAAAUGACUGUGGCCCACUUGUACCAGCUACUACACAUUUUAUAUACAAAGAUUUGCCAAGCAGUAGUUGUCAACUUUCAGAACCCUUUGUGAAAUCCAACCAGUGUCUUAGAGAUUUACACUGCCAAAACAAUGCCAGUAAAAAGGCUUAUUUGUAUAACGGUGUUACUAAAGUCACAUAUAAAAGUUAAACUACUUGUAAAGGUGUCACUCUCGUCCCAAGUGGUAGUGUCUUCCUAGUCAUAUUAGUUUGAUUUCAUAUCUGAGAAGUGUAUAUAGUUUGUGGUAAAAAGAUUAUAUAUCAUAAAGUAUGCCUUACUGUUUUAAAAAAGUAUAUAUUCUACACAUAUAUAUGUAUAUAUCUCUAAACUGUUGUUACUUAAUUAAAAUCCGUCAAAGUUAUAUUUACCUUAAAAUAAUUUUAUU